GGAAAAUGAGUUGCACUUAUUUAUUAGAUGCAUAUUAUUAAUAUGUAUCAUUACUCAUUAUAUUAUUGAGUACUUAUUUCUGUAAGAAAAAUUAUAAUUUGCUUUACUUUUACUGCGAACUCAAUAGACCAUGAAAAGUACAUUAUUUUUUAUUUGUUUUGUGUUAACACUAUCUCUGUUGUGUGAGGGUUUCGUGAAAGAACCAGGCUUGAAACUGAAAAACAUCCAUGAUAAAGGUAGCAGAUUUCUCUGUCUAUUACUUAGUUUAUGCGCAGCCCCUGCAUAUUCGCACUAUGGAAAAGACAAAUUUUCAAUAGUAUACCAAUGGAGAUUUUUAGAAUAUGCUUACGACACUCCACAACUGAAACAAAAUGACCUUAAUACAGGAAAUUUAAUACCGAGGAAACCUGCUCCAAUAGACGUGGAUGUAUAUUAUGACAGGUCUAGUGGUGUACGCAAGAUAUUUGUUACUAGUCCAAGAUUCCAAGAUGGUGUGCCAGCAGCUUUGGGAACUGUUGUAGUGGAUAAAAACAGGAUGCCGUAUGUGAAACCUUAUCCGUCAUGGGAAUGGUUUAAAGAACCGAGAAAAUGUAAAACUAACAGGAUUGUUUCUGUUUACAGAAUCAUGAUCGACGAAUGUGACAGAUUAUGGGUGCUUGAUAAUGGACAACUCGAUGCUGGUGUAAUUUGCCCUCCUCAAGUAUUGGCAUUUGAUUUAAAAACUAAUCAAUUAAUUCACAGAUAUGAAAUACCUCGUGCUAAUUAUGAGGACCAGUCAACCUUUGUUACUCCAAUUGUUGAAGUAAGAAGUAGAGAAAAUCAAUGUAGAGAUACUUUCUUGUAUUUAGCAGACUGUUCUGCAUUUACUCUUAUUGUGUAUGAUGUAGCAAAGGGAAGGUCAUGGAAAAUUAAAAACAUGAAUAUGUAUCCUGAUCCUAAUUUUGGAACAUACAAUAUAGCAGGCGAGUCUUUUGACCUAAUGGAUGGAAUUCUUGGAAUGGGCCUGUCUCCUUACCAUCCAAGAGAAGGUAGAAAGCUGUUUUACCAUGCAAUGAGUAGUGAUACUGAACACUGGGUUUACACAAAAGAUUUGCAAAAUGAAACAAAAGCAGGAGAUUCAUCGAUACUUCAUAAUUAUAAGGGAAGACGUGGAACCCAAAGUGCGGCAGAGGCCAUUGAUGCGCAAGGUAUAAUGUAUUUCGGAUUAAUGAAUGAAGUGAAUUUGGCCUGUUUUAAUACUCUGGGAGAGUAUGGCAGAAAUUGUUCUAGUACCGACAUUGUAGCUAAUAACCAUGAAACGUUGCAAUUUAUUAGCGGUAUAAAAGUAAUAAAUGCGCCAAAUGGUCAGCAAGAGGUUUGGAUUGUAUCUUCGCGAUUCCAAAAGGUGGCUACUGAUAAUAUUAAGAAUUCAGAAUUUAAUUUUAGAAUACAGGUUGCUUCAGUAAGAGAUUUGAAGUUGGGGACCAGAUGUGCACAACAAUAUCCCGUUCCUGGUGGACCUGGUAGUGUACCCGGUAGUGGACCCAUUGUAUUUCCUGAAUCACGAAAGAAAAAAUAAAUAUUCUCACAAUUGUUGUUUGUUUUGACAAUGAAGAUAUUAGUUAUAUUGUUAUUACAGCUAUUACAAUUACAGUUUCAAAUCAAAUUUAAUACAGAAAAGUUCGAGAAAAAAAAAUGGAAAUCUAUAAAGGAAUUUUAGAGACUGAGUGUUUUUUUAAUUUUCAAAUGGCGGAAAAUUAAUUUAAAUAUGACUUUGUUCUUCCCUGUGUGAUUUUUAUAGUUAUACAAUUAUUUAAAAGUUCACUUCAACUCUCGGUGAAGCAUAUAAAAUGAAAAAGUAGGUACAUUUUGUUUGGUCAAUAAAUUAUUGAUGUAUGUUUUAUAUUCUGC